AUGUUACUUACAACUCUCGCCCUCGUGGCAUCGGCCACCCCCUUCGCAGUCGGCUCGGUAGCCCCUCUCCGCCGCCGCAACAAUCCUCAAUCCAACCCUGCGCCCAUGACAGCAACCGGGAACGCCAUUGUUUUCGACGUCGAGGUCCAGUUCGGGAGCCAGUCCUUUCUCCUUCUCGUCGAUACCGGCAGCAGUGACACUUGGGUUGUCGAGACGGAUUUUCAGUGCGUCAACUCCACAGACAACUCCGAUCUUCCUCGGGAAAGCUGCCUGUUCGGCCCGACUUACGAUGUGCCCGCCGGCAUGGAGUACGUCAAGAACCAGACGUUUGGCGUGCAAUACGGCACCGGCAUUGCCUUGGGCAAAGUUGGUUUUGAGGAUAUCACCAUCGGUGGUAUCACUGUCCCCAAGCAAAAGAUCGGCAUCGUUGAUCGCUCGACCGAUAAGGGCGAUGGUAUCAACAGCGGCAUCCUCGGACUAGGCUACCCUCCUCUGACGUCUGCACAUUAUGGCAACACGCUCGAUAACUCUACCUUGCUCCUGAACCGCGCCGUCUACGACCCGACCUUCGUCAGCAUGUACAAGAAGGGCCUCGUUGACCCCUGGUACAGCUUGGCCAUUGAAAGACUUCCCCAGAACGUCUCGACCGGGCCUGGCGGCUGGCUCGGUCUGGGCGAACUCCCUCCUGUUGCUCAUACCAAUGACUGGGCAGUUGCACCAAUUGAGGUCACCAAGGGCCUCCCGGAACUGUACACUGAUGGAGUUGACCAAAUCACCCUCAUGACCCUGACUGUUGACGGAAUUACUUGGGGCUCGCGAUCAACCAAAACGUCCAGAACUACCAACUCGACAUCAUUCCAGGCCGUGGUAGAUAGCGGUAACCCAAUGAACAUGCUCCCGCAAGAGGUCGCCGACGAGAUCAACGCCGAGUUCAACCCCCCCGCAGUGUACAACAAGGAAGCCGGCGUCUAUGUCGUCGACUGCAAUGCCGAGACUCCCGCCCUCGGAAUCGAAAUUGACGGACACACUUUCUGGCAUCAGUCAGCCGAUAUGAUCGUUCGAGACGAGAACACCGGAUUUUGCUACUCGAGCGUGACCGGCCCGGCUUCGGGGCUGGGGGUGACGAUUCAGUUUUUGGGCGACGCUUUUCUUAAAAAUGUGGUGUCGGUUUUCGACUUCGGAAAGGAUGAGAUGCGCUUCGCUACAAGAACUGGAGGCAAGAAUGGAACAACUGGCGCAGUGCCUCGGCACUUGGUACUGGGCUGGGUUCGAUCGCUUCCCUUGUUUUGCUGA